UCCUCCUCUCUUUUUUAUUCUUAUUACUCCUUUGCUUUCUUGUCCUUUCUCUCUCUCUUUCUCUAAUGGCUCCUGUUUCUCUUAUUUUCUCUUCCUUUUUUGCCUUCUUUCUCCUUGUUUCCCCUGGUCUCUCCACAAACUCCGAAGGAAAUGCUUUGCAUGCUUUGAGAAGCAGGUUUAAGGACCCUACAAAUGUGUUGCAGAGCUGGGACCCAACACUGGUUAAUCCCUGCACCUGGUUUCAUGUUACCUGCGAUGCCAACAAUCAUGUGAUUCGCUUGGACUUGGGAAACUCUAACAUUUCUGGGACUUUGGGGCCUGAGCUUGGCCAGUUCCAGCAUCUGCAAUAUUUGGAGCUUUACAGGAAUGACAUUGGGGGAAAAAUUCCGAAGGAGUUGGGUAAUCUGAAGAACCUUGUUAGCAUGGACUUGUAUGGCAACAGAUUUGAAGGAGAAAUACCAAAGUCUCUUGCCAAAUUGAAGUCACUUAGAUUUCUGCGGCUAAACAACAACAAGCUAAUAGGAUCUAUUCCAAGGGAACUCACCACUCUGUCAGACCUUAAAGUCUUUGAUGUUUCCAACAACAAUCUAUGUGGAACAAUCCCUGUUGAUGGCCCUUUUGGAAGCUUUCCAAUGGAAAGUUUCGAGAACAAUAGGCUCAAUGGACCUGAGCUGCAAGGACUGGUGCCUUACGACUUCGGAUGCUGAAGAAAAGUUGGAUUUAAUGGAACUUCUGUUGAAGACUCUAAUAGCUGAGUCUUUAUAUAUACUGAAGUAGCAGAAUCAAAUGCCUAGUUGUAUCAUGUAUUUGGCAAUGUCGCACUUUCUAUGUGUGAAGUAACUAAAGCAAGUAAAAUAAGAUUAAAGCAAAAAUUUGAAGAGUGAAAACCUCAGUUUUA